AUAUCUCAUUGUCCCAUAGUUUCCGUCAUCUUCUUGAAAAUCUAUCACCACCAGCUCUUGUCCGAUAGAGAACAUCGUCCAUCAAUCUCAGAUGGCUCUCUCUCUGUCGAUUACAAAUCUGAGAUUGGAGAGAGGAAUGACGCAGAGAUGAGCGAAGCUCUUCCUCUUGGUUAAGCACGAAGCAGACGUUGAAGAUGAGAACCGAAACUGCGAGAAGCACAUAUAGAGUCGGAUUGACAACGAUUUCAAGUAGAGAGGACCCGCGAAAUGGAGUAGAGAACCAUGGAUUUAAGGAUAAACAUCUCAAUUUAGUCUUGAUAAAGGUGUUGAGCUUGAAUGUUAAUGGGUUGAGAUUGAUGAUAUUUGCGCUUUCACCUUUUGGUGAGUUGCAAUUCACUCUUCUUUUAGAAGAGCCUCAUUGCUUAGUAUAAUUUGUGUUAUGAACUCAUAUGAGUAGUUUCUGCUUGGAUUUUUCUUUAGGCAUCCUUUCUAAACAAUGUGUGUAUGAUGAAAAGUGGGAAAAUGCCCAAACAAGCUACAUAAGCUAAGCAUUUGUAAGAUGUGGCUGUCUAAUUGUUUUGUGUUUUACCUUACGCUUAACCUGUUAUAUGAUUUCUUUACAUAUAAGGGUUUAUAUAUUGCACUUCCUCCCUCCGUUUUAUAUUAUUUCCCAAAAUGUUUUAUAGUUCAAGUUUCAUACAUUGACUAUUUGUUCAAGUCCUACUUUCGUGCCUACAAUUCGUUUAGGUGUAUAAAUGGUGAACUUGUAUCGAUCUUAGAGUGUGAAGAUCUUGGAAGUUUCAGCAAUCAUGUGUCUCUUGAUAGUACUAUGUAUCUUAAUCUUCCUUGUUUCAAAAUCUCUAAAAUUCAUUUACUUAUUUUUUCCUGAACUUUGAAGGCUGAAAUUAAUUAUAGGAUUCUCAAAUGUUGUUGCAGGUCCUUCUAUUAGGCCAAAUCAUAUUAUUUUGAUGGAAAGCGGAAGGAAGUUUACACUUUGUACUCUUGAGUUCAUUCUUUAGCCAUUUCUGCACUAAAGAAACUUCAAAGUGCACAAAAAUCUGGUCAGGACAAGAUAAAAACGCAUACAGUCAUGUAGAGAUUGGUGAAGUUCAAGUAGACUUGGCGGAGGUGGUUGGAUCAUGUAUGUAGCAGAUUUUGAUCAUAUUGCUACUAUAUUCAAGUUAAAUAUAUGAAGUCUAUAUUGUAAAAGUGUAACAACUUUGAAUUAAAUUUACAUUGUAGUCUACAUUGUAAAAUAGGAAUACUUGUGUUAUACUCCUUAUUUGACAAUUUUAAUAAUGAUGUGAAGAAUUA